AUGAUUUCUUUUGCUUCGCUGAGCUCGGAGCCUCUCGUUUUCGAACCCAUUAGCAGCGUUAGUAGUGUUUACUACGACCCUGCCAAUGGUCAGGUAAUGAUCUGUGACAAAGGGGAAGUUCUCUCAAUUAAAUUUGAUCCCAGCUGCACUGUUCUUAGUCUACAACGAAAACGAAAUUGCGUUGAUUUUAUAAACUUUGAGAAUAGUCGUCCAGAAGACAAUGAAUACUCGCAAACUUGUAGGAUUUUACCCGAUAGUCACUUUGUUCGCGCUCUCAAGCAUGGAAUUGUUCAAACAAAUUGGUAUGCAUGGGAUCCCCUCAACAAAAUCCUUCUUCUCUCAACUGGGGAUUUGGGAAAUCGUUUUCAUGUGACAUCUUUUGCAAAUGGCUCCGUAACAAAAUGUUCCAGUUUUGAGGUACCCGAAGCGGAGAUUCUUUCUCCGUCUUCGGCUUCACCGUCAACGGUUUCUGAUGACUUGAAGAAACUUCAACAAAAGAAUUGUCUUUUGGCUAAUCUCUAUGGCCAGCUCUACGCUUGUAUCCUCUCUCGUAGUUUGGAGGGUGGGGUUCAACUCGUGCUUUACCAAUUGAUGCGGCGGGGUUCGGUAAGACGUCGGCACAUCUUAGUAGUUCCUGAGGUGGGUCGGAUCGCGGUGAGUUUUGUGCGCAAUUUGGUUCUUGUCCAUCACCAGCAUUCGCGCACAUCUCUCGCCUAUGACAUCGCUUCUGCUGAUGAUGAGGAGUUCGAUGAUUGCAUCGGUCCUCGAUAUCAUUAUCCCCUUCUCCCACCCGUCUCACUGGCAGAGGUGAGCAUUCCCUGCAAAAAUGUUCCAGCUCUCUCUCUUGAACCAGGAACCGAGUUCAACACACCUCUGUGUAUCCUUUAUAUUGUUCCAUUGAAGGUGGAUCUAAUUGAUGGAAACUCCUCCUCUUGGAUAAUCAUCCCACCUAACGUCGUCAUUGACGGUAGCUUGGGUUGCUUAUGGACUGUGGAUCUGAAUCUCGAAGCUUUCCCAAAGCUUAUUCCAGAUCCGGUAAGAUCAUCAUUGCCUAUUUACACUUAUUAUGAGAAGAGGGAAGACUGCCGCAUCUGCGCUGCUCUUUUUUUUGAAGCCAUGCGAGCUGGUUAUGAUAUCGCUCUGGUGGAUUGUUUGCUUAACCGACCAGGCGCUAAGCCCAUCCUGCGACACUAUUGCCAAGAAAUGGCGGAGAAACUUAUAAAUACAUUUUUGAAAUCGUCUUCUGAAGGGGAUGGAGAAAACUCCUUUGUCCAACAAUUAGGGAUCGUCUCUCACCUUCUGUCUCGUCUCGCUGCUGUGCAGAAAGCUGCAAAGAAGGCUUCAAAAAAUUCUAGGUCCAACUACUUGCCUGAAUGUGGUGAGGAAAGAAAUCAGGUUGGUGAUUUUCUAAGUCUAACGAAUUAG